AACUCGCUCGUGAACUCAUCACCCCAUCGGAAGUCGUACCAAGAUUCUCUCUCCAUCACCGAAAACAAACAAGGAACCUCGACAUGAUGACAUCGACAUCCCCACCUACGGUCCCCGAAAAAAAGGACCAGAAUCCCGACUCGGGCGCUGCCCCGCGCCCGGGGCCAAGCGGGGCUAUUCCCAACCUGAGGGACCGCAUCCCGAAACUGGAACCGCGGCGGAGGAAGGCCGAGCCGGCGAACCCCAUGCCCGUCCCGGAGACGCCGCCGGCACCGCCACGGCCGGAUCCGGCAACCCUCAACUUCACCGUCCCCACCAGGAGGAUCCUCUCGCAGAGCGACCACCAGCUCUUCCUCUCGUCGCCGACCUACACCCUCAUCCUCUCCUUCAUCUUCGGCCUGUCCGACUCGGUCGUCGACAGGCCCAUCUCCUCCGUCAAGGACGCCGACCUCUCCCCGACCGUGCGGGCCAUCCUCGCCAUCCUGGACGAGGUCGAGGCCCUCUGCGCGGACUCGCCGCCCGAGGACCAAGGCGGCUCCCGCUUCGGCAACAAGGCCUUCCGCGUCUUCCUCGACAAGGUCAAGAAGCGCGCGCCGGCCUGGCACACCACCCUCCUGCGCGUCCCCCACCCGGCCGCCGUGCCGGAGUUGUCGGCCUACCUCUGCCACUCGUUCGGCAACCGCGCCCGCAUCGACUACGGCUCCGGCCACGAGCUCAACUUCUUCAUGUGGCUGCUCUGCCUGCACCAGCUCUCCCUGCUCUCCCCGGCGCCCGACUUCCCCGCGCUCGUCCUGCGCGUCUUCGCCCGCUACCUGACCGUCAUGCGCCGCGUCCAGGGCGCCUACUACCUCGAGCCGGCCGGCUCGCACGGCGUGUGGGGCCUGGACGACUACCAGUUCCUGCCCUUCCUCUUCGGCGCCAGCCAGCUGCUGCACCACCCCUUCCUCACCCCGCGCGCCGUCCACCACGAGCUGACCCUCGAGGAGUUCGGCCCGGAGUACCUCUACCUCGGCCAGGUCGCCUUCGUCAACAGCACGAAGACGGUCAAGGGCCUGCGCUGGCACAGCCCCAUGCUCGACGACAUCAGCGGCGCCAAGAACUGGGCCAAGAUCGAGGCCGGCAUGCGCCGCAUGUUUGUGACCGAGGUGCUCGGCAAGCUGCCCGUGAUGCAGCACUUCCUCUUUGGCAGCCUGAUCCCCGCCGCCGAGGGCAUGAGCGAGCCGCCGCCGCCGCCGCCGCGGCGGUCCUCAAAGGAGGGCGGGGCGGGCGAAGAAGGGGCGGAGGAGGAGGACGGCGACGAGGAGGAAGGUGGCGAGGUGGAGGUGUUUGAUGACCAGAACGGGGUGAGACAUGUGCACCAGCCGAGCGGCUGGGGGGACUGCUGCGGGAUCAGAGUGCCGAGCAGCAUCGCCGCGGCCGCAGAGAUGAAGAAGAAGGGGGCCGGGGAACAGCUAAGGAGGAUACCGUUCGACUAGAGGAAUGGUGGCGGCUGAGCAAGUUGUUGUUGUUCAGGACCUGGUACCAGCCGAGACCCCAUCUCUUAGCUUGCUGUGGCUGACGGGGAAUAAGAGUUUAAUAGGAGAUCCGAGAGUGUGCAAUGCAUACAAUGACAGACCAAUAACAUGUCUUUUAUUACAAGUGAAAGUAGCAAUCAUGUGCAGAUCACGGCUAGGUGUAGCACGGUAUCGUUGUUGCUAGAGCUUUCGUUUGCA